AUGACUCCCACCGACAACGAGAAGAUCCCAGACAUAAUGCGUCCUCCCUCCGUCACCAAGGGCUCAGUCCAAGAUGUCAUCAGCGAGACAUCUCUGAAGCCAAUCACUCGCAAAGUCGACUACCACCUCGUUCCUCUCAUGCUCGUCUGUUACUUUCUCCAGUUCCUCGACAAAGUCCUCAUCAACUAUGCCAACAUCAUGGGUCUUUCCGAGAACCUCCAAUUCACAGGAAAUGAUUUCUCCUGGAUGGCCACAGCUUUCUUCAUUGGUUUCGCUGUUGCUGAGUUUCCUCAGGGUGUCUUGAUCCAGAAGUUUCCCGUCAGCAAGGUCCUUGGCCUCAACGUUGUUCUCUGGGGUAUCGUUAUCUGCUGCUCGUCUGCCGCGCACAACUUCCCUGGUAUGACAGCUGCGAGAACUCUUCUUGGCAUGUUCGAAGCAGUUAUCUCACCUGCCCUUAUCAUGAUCACUUCACAAUGGUACACCAGAAGACAAGCGACCCCAAGAACCGGUAUCUGGUACUGCGGUCUUGGCAUCGGUCAGACUGUUGGUGGACUGAUCUCGUAUGCUGCUCAGCACGGUAGCCGAACCAGCAGUUUUCAGAGCUGGCGCAUCAUGUUUGUGUCAGUGGGCGCCUUCAACAUCAUGAUUGGUCUUCUUGUUUUCUUCUGGAUGCCUUCCAGUAUCAAGGAUGCCAAGUUCCUUACAGAGCAGGAGCAGAUCAUGCUUCAAGAAGCACUUGACGCUGAUCAGGGAGGGAAAAGCGCCAAGGUCUUCCGCCGCGCAGGUAUUUGGGAUGCUCUCAAGGACAUUCAAGUUUGGCUGCUUUUCCUCAACACUGUUCUCAUCGUCAUCCCAUCCGGCAUCAUUACAACCUUCUCUGCUACUCUGAUCCGCGGCUUUGGAUACGACCCCAAGCAGGCCGCCCUUCUCAACAUGCCUGCAGGUGUUGUAUCAGUGUCGGCCACCUUACUCAGCACUUUCGCCAUCCUCUACGGGUUCCCACGAUGGCUGGGUCUUUGCCUUCUCAUGGUCCCGACUCUUGUUGGCGCAGGACUCAUGUCCUUCUACUCCAGCAGUCAAGCUGGCUCCCUUGCUGGAAUCUACCUGAUCAACUUCGACGUGGCACCUCUCGCACUUAUUUAUGCUCUUGUCGGAGCUAAUGUUCAAGGAUACACCAAGAAGGUCACUACGAACGCCAUAGUUGCUGUUGGCUUCUCCAUUGCCAACAUCAUUGGGCCGCAGACUUUCCAGGCAAAAGACGCGCCAAGCUUCAUCCCAGCAAAGAUCACCGUCUUCUGUGUUUGUGGUGGCUCUGUGGUUGUUACUAUUCUUACUAGAAUUCUUUAUGGCCUUCGAAACAGGAAGGGAAGAGUUUCACAGGAUCUUGGUCAGAGUGGAGAGGUUGAUCCGGAUACCAUGACGGAUAGGAACAACCCUAACUUCUUCUAUGUUUACUAA